AAAAGUCAGCCCAGCCCAGCCCUCCUUCCUGCAGAAGCACAGCGAGCGGAGCAGCCGUCACAGGCCAGCAGCCCCCGCCGCACACACCCGGUCUUCUCCAGCCUUCUCCAGGGGUGGGGCAGCCCGGCCCCCUGCACUUCCUCGUCCCAGCCCCUUCCCAGGAGCUGGCGGAGUGCUGCGCGGCUGGAGCCUGGCCUGGGCCGCUACCCGGUCACUGGACGCGGGGCUGGACGCGGAGAGAGGGGCGCUGUCCCUCAAGGCCCUCCCCCUCAGCCAGGCGGGUACCACGGCAGGGGCUGAGCCACCCUCAUGGAAGGGAGAGGACCGUACCGGAUCUACGACCCUGGGGGCAGCGUGCCUCCUGGAGAGGCGUCCACAGCUUUUGAGCGCCUAGUGGAGGAGAAUUCCCGACUAAAGGAAAAAAUGCAAGGGAUAAAGAUGUUAGGGGAGCUUUUGGAAGAGUCCCAGAUGGAAGCAUCCAGGCUGCGGCAGAAGGCAGAAGAGCUAGUCAAAGAUAGUGAGCUGGUCAAGGACAGGAAGCUGCUCCCACCACCGUCUCCCACUUUGGCCUCCUUUGAUCACCUCCCUGAGCUCGCAGGAAAGAAUGCAAAUGUCCCAGCACCCUCUGCCGACCCUGCACUCCCCAGUGACAAGCCAGAGCCAGUCCAAAAACCUCCAUCCAGUGGCACCUCCUCUGAAUUUGAAGUGGUCCCCACUGAGGAGCAGAAUUCUCCACCAGAGAGCAGUGGCUGCACCAGAAACGUGAUGGAGCUGGGCCCCCUGCCUCACGAAGACGGCAACCUGAUGCUGCACCUGCAGCGCCUGGAGACUACCCUGAGCGUGUGCGCCGAGGAGCCGGACCACAGCCAGCUCUUCACCCACCUGGGCCGCAUGGCCCUCGAGUUCAACCGGCUGGCGUCCAAGGUGCACAAGAAUGAGCAGCGCACCUCCAUCCUGCAGACCCUGUGUGAGCAGCUUCGGAAGGAGAAUGAGACCCUAAAGGCCAAACUGGACAAGGGCCUGGAACAGCGAGAUCAGGCUGCUGAGAGGCUACGGGAGGAAAACAUGGAGCUCAAGAAGUUGUUGAUGAGCAGCAGCAAAGAGGGUGUCUGUGGGCUGCCCGGCUCGCCAAAGAUGGAAGGCACAGGCAAGAAGGGAGUGGCUGGACAGCUGCAGGCUAGUGCGACAGCAGGUAAGGUCCCAGAGGUGGGAGCCUUGGGUGCAGCUGAGAAGAAAGUGAAGAUCCUGGAGCAGCAGCGCACAGAGCUGCUUGAUGUGAACAAGCAAUGGGACCAGCAUUUCCGGUCCAUGAAGCAGCAGUACGAGCAGAAGAUCACUGAGCUGCGCCAGAAGCUGGCAGACCUGCAGAAGCAGGUGACUGACCUGGAAGCUGAGCGGGAGCAGAAGCAGCGAGACUUUGACCGCAAGCUUCUCCUGGCCAAGUCCAAGAUUGAAAUGGAGGAGACCGACAAGGAGCAGCUAUCAGCAGAGGCCAAGGACCUGCGCCAGAAGGUCAAGCACCUGCAGGACCAGCUGAGCCCACUGACCCGGCAGCGGGAUUACCAGGAAAAGGAGAUCCAGCGGCUGAACAAGGCCCUAGAGGAAGCACUGAGCAUCCAGGCCUCGCCAUCCUCUCCAACAGCCUUUGGGAACCCAGAAGGAUCUGGGGGCCUUCUCAGAAAACAGGAACUGGUCACGCAGAAUGAAUUGCUGAAACAGCAGGUGAAGAUCUUUGAGGAGGACUUCCAGAGGGAGCGCAGCGAUCGGGAGCGCAUGAAUGAGGAGAAGGAGGAGCUGAAGAAGCAGGUGGAGAAACUGCAGGCCCAGGUCACCCUGUCGAACGCCCAGCUAAAAGCAUUCAAAGAUGAAGAAAAGGUGAAAGCAGCUCUCAAACAGCAGAAGAGGAAAGCAAAGGCCUCGGCAGAGCGCUACCACAUGGAGCCCCACCCGGAGCACCUCUGCGGGGCCUACCCCUAUGCCUACCCGCCCAUGCCACCUAUGGUGCCACAUCACGGCUUUGAGGACUGGUCCCAGAUCCGCUACCCCCCGCCCCCCAUGGCCAUGGAACACCCGCCUCCACUCCCCAACUCACGCCUCUACCAUCUGCCGGACUACAACUGGCGGCCACCCUGUGGAGGGAUGCGCAAUCAGACCUCUCAGAUGGACUCACCCACGGCUAGGCCUGCAGAACCAGACUCUGCAAAAAAUGACCGCAAGGGGCCUCAGUAAGACCAGAUUACACCACUUGGCUCCACCUUCGUCUUGCAGAGCCAGCUGACCUCAGAUUUCUGAAAAACUAGAGGCCACAUGCUCUCUGUGGCCAGAGUCUGAGCCAGACAAGAAGCUGAGAUGGGCCACCAGCUUGUGCCCGGCCCCAACCUGAAUUGUUUACAGACUGAAGGAUGUCUGCCCGGAAGGCCUCCAUCUGGGCCCUUCUUUUGGUGAGAUGGGAAAAGACUCACUAUCCUGCCACCCAGCAGAGAGAAGACCUGCCAUUGUUUGUGGAAUACACCAGGGGGCGUCAUUCUCAAGAGUGGGGUGCAGCUGAGACUCCUUUCUUUCAAAACUUCCCCAGAAUUGGUUCUAGCCCCUCUGGGGAUCAUAUUCAAUUCACAUGUGUUUAAUUUUUUGCUUCAAGCUCUGUAGUAGCAGGACCUAGACUAUACCCAUCCCUUCCCCUCUGUGAGGAGCUGUGGGAAGAGGAGGUUUGCUUCUGGGAGCAGAAGAGAACCACAGGAUGUUCUGCUGCGGGGCCCUCCACCUCUGCCCAAGGCAGCCCUGCUAACACCAUCUUCAGCCUGGGAUGAAGGCUGUGGCAGCCACAUCCACCGAGAGGCCCCAGCCUGCAGCUGCCAGGCCCUCCCGGCCAAAGGCUUGUGGUGCUGGAAGCCCAGAAUAGGGUGGCUGUCUGCACCUGGGCAGCUCUUUGCACGAAUCUUGGACAUAAAUCCAAGUAGAAGAUUCUG